AUGGUCGACUACCACGGCGUCGCCUUGCGGUCCCGCGCGGUCCACGAAGUCGCCCUCAACGCCACGAAGCUCUCCUCGCAGUACGGCGCCGCGCUGCUGGAUGGGCUGCUGGGCUGGCGCGGGAUAGGUGGCGCCGACGCCAGCGCGCGACGUGACGCCGGCGCAUCUUUUGGCACGCUUACGAUGGAGCUUUCGAGGCAAGACCCGUCCAGGUGUAUAGAGCAGUUCGCGGCCUCCAUCGACAGAGUCCUCGCUCGCCUACGGACGCUCCAGAACCGCCAGGUCGACGAGAGGCACGGGCUUCUCCUCUGUCUCGCCGCCGUGCUGGACUGGUUUCCGGAGCUGGUCGCGGGCAGGCAGCCCGUCGACAGCGUCACCAAUCUCACGCAGCGCAUCAUCCGCGACCUGGAGACGAUAUUCAAGGACUUUCAGACGACGACGUAUCGAAAACCGGAACUGGUCGCCGAGGCGGCCAGCCGGCUGAUUACUUCGUCUUUGCCUAUCCUACAAGCGGCGUCGACACCUAAUAGCGCCUGCACGUACUUACAACCAGGUUUCAAGGUCGUGUCGACCGAAAACAUCGGCGACCUGCUCGGAGCCAUGAAGGCGGUCGACGCCCUCGACAAGAUCCCCGACAACUUGGCUACUCUAGUAUCGACUUUCAACUACGUAGCCGACGCAGGCCUCGCCCGUCCAGAAAAGGAAGCCAUCGCCGCGUCUUCCGAGGCCUCCCUCGUGCUCCUGAUAUUUUCCCGCGCCGAGGAGCGCAGGCGCAUCAUCGAGGGGUGGGCGAGCGCCGUCCGACAGCGCCCGACGUCGCGCACGGCAAACGACACCGGCGUCCUCUUCGCCCUGACGAUGGCCUACCCCGUCACCACCACCUUUGGCGCCCCGCAGGCGGAAGGGCAGGACCUGGUCUGCGACACCAUCCUGACGAGGUGGGCCAGCGACAACGACAUCGAAACGCGCGUGGCGAUUCUGCAGAGCCUGUCGCAGAGCGGCAUGCUCCACGAUCGGGCCUUGGUGUUUCUGGACCUGCUGGCGGAGGGCCUGAACGACUAUACCACCAAUGCGAGGGGAGACGUGGGCUCCCACGUCAGGCUCGAGGCGCUCCGGGCCACAAAAUCGUUGUGGAAGACCGCCUUGGCGGAGGCCAGCUCUGGUGGUGGUGGCGGUGGUGCGGCUUCCGACGGGGUCGACGCAUGGCUGCCCUUGGCAGUCUCGAGGCUGUUCCUCAGAACCCUGCGGCUGGCUGCCGAAAAGCUGGAUCGCGUCCGCACCGAGGCGCAUGCGGUCCUUGCUUUAAACCUAGAAUCAAGUUUCGCAUCGGGUUUUGCCAAGCUCACUUACUCGUCAAAGGAGUACUUCCGGACGCUGCUCGACUUAUACUCGUUGGAUGCGGGCCUGCACCCUCGAAUAUCGCAGCCUGCCAAGGCCGAUGUGGGUGCGUGGAUGGCCGAGCUGCUCGCGGGCUACGUCACCUCCGCCGACACGGGCAACGAGGACCUGGUGAUCGCGUCCCGCGCGGCACUGGCCGACUUCUGCGCCGCGUCGCCGCAAAACCUAGCCGCCGUCUGCGCCGCGCUGGUGAGCAACGUCAAGACCAGGCAGGGGCAGGACCGCGUCGUAGUGCCGACGCUAGAGAUCGUGGCGUUCCUUUGCCACGUCGGGCUCUUCCAGAAGUGUCCGUACGUCGACGUGCGGCACUUGUGCCUGCAGGUCCAGAAGGCGGCGUACAAGACGGGCAGCGUGAGGAAGCUUGAGGCCUGCAUCAAGGUCUACGGUUGCCUGGCUGGGUUCGAAGAGGAGAGCGAGGAGGCUGGUCCGGACCCCGUACCGGUAGCGCUGGGAGAUGGGAAACGCGCCGGCAUCCUGGAGGCCAGGAAGAGGCUGGCUGCUUUGAUGUUUCACCCCUGGCCCAGGGUGAGAAGCCUUGUCGUCGACGAACUGUGGAAACUUUUCAGCGAGAGUGGCCGUGCGGACUCGUUGAAGAGCGUCGACUGGAGCAAAGCCGACAAAGCGUCCCUUACACGCGUUGUGGAGCAGCUCGGUCUAAGACAAGCAGUAUAA